GGAUGGGGGUGGGGGGUGGGAGAGAAGAGGCGGGUGAAUGGGGUCGGCGGGAGUGAGCGCCUAGCUGGGAGACGGAGGACGGACUGGAAGAGGCGUGCCUCCCACCCCCCAGUCCGCGCUCCCGCCAGCCGGCUCCCCCCCUCAGUCCCUCCCUCCCUCGCCGCGCACCCGCACCCGCACCCGCACUCGGCCGCGCGCCAGGCGCUCCAGAGGAGGGCGGCCGGGAGCGGGGGCCCGUGCGGCCCCCAGCCCAGGCAGGCGGGGAAGAAAGGAGGAAGGCAGGGAAGGAGAGGAGGCGCCUGAGCCCCCGCUCCGGGGGCGUCCAGCUUGCCGACUGCGCCCCGGCGGCUCUGGGGGCAGCGGGAGGAGGACGAGAAGGGGGAGAGGAGAGAAAGGAGGAGGUGGGGGAGGGCAGGACGGGCGGGCAGCGCUCCAACGGGAAGCUCUCCCAUCUAUUUAUGUCGGAGAUCGCGGCCGGUGCCGCGGGGCCCGUUCUCUCCAUCCCUGGGCAGCCUCCCUUCAUCCCGGGGCAGCCUCCCUCCCGCCUUCCCUCCGUCCUUUCCUCCGGGUCCUUGUUCCUGCCCUGGCCUCGGUUCCGCCCCCUCCCCACCUCGUCGAGGUCCCCAGCCAGGGCGGAGGGGUCGCUCCGUCCGAGGGUCGGUGUGGGAGCCGCCGCCGCCGCCGCCGCCGCCGCCGGGCUCCCCGGGAGGGGGCAGCCCCGAGAUGCCAGGGGGCGGCCGCCGCCGCCGCCGGAGCCGGCCAUGGUGGGGAGAGGAGAAGCUGCUGCGGCGCCGGGUCUCAGCAUCUCCCCGCCUGGGGCCCGGGGCGCCCGGGAGCCGCCGCCUCCGCCACGGCCGCCGCUGCAGCUGCUGAGAGCCGGUGGGCGAUGGGACAGUCAACCAGCAAUCAGCAUUUAUUAGAAGCCUCCCAUACCCGACACUGGAGACAAAAGUGAACCUAGGAACUCCUGUAAGGUCCCUGCCCUCAAGGAGUUUGCCUUCCGCUGGGAUGAAGAUGAGACGUCAUAAACUCUUUCUGACUCUGUGUAUGGCCGGCCUCUGCCUCAUCUCCUUCCUGCACUUCCUUAAAGCCUUGUCCUAUGUCACCUUCCCCCGGGAACUGGCCUCCCUCAGCCCCAAUCUGGUGGCCAACUUCUUGUGGAACAAUGCCCCCAUCACACCUCAGGCCAGCCCGGAGCCCGGGGGAGCCGUGGGCCCCGAGCUGCUCCGAACUCCCCUCUAUUCCCACUCCCCGCUGCUGCAGCCCCUGCCCCCGAUGGGGGCCACCGAGGAACUCCACCGCCUGGAAUUUGUGCUGCCCGAGGACAGGGCAGAGUACUUCGUGCGCACCAAAGCUGGAGGGGUCUGCUUCAAGCCAGGUACCAAAAUGCUGGAGAAGCCCACGGCGGGGCAGCCGGAGGAGACGCUUGAGGCCGGAGACGGCUCCGUGUCCGGGGGCACGGCCCGCCGCCCGCUGACGAUCGGCAACUGGCUGGCCGCGGGGAAAUCGAAGGGCUCGAAACGUCGGAAGUGGGUGGAGUGCGUGUGUCUGCCUGGCUGGCACGGGCCCAGCUGUGGGGUGCCCACCGUGGUGCAGUACUCCAACCUGCCCACCAAGGAGCGCCUGGUGCCCCGGGAGACCCCGCGGAGGGUCAUUAACGCCAUCAACGUCAACCACGAGUUUGACCUGCUGGACGUGCGGUUCCACGAGCUGGGGGACGUGGUGGACGCCUUUGUGGUCUGCGAGUCCAACUUCACUGCCUAUGGAGAACCUCGGCCCCUCAAGUUCCGGGAGAUGCUCCGGAACGGGAGCUUCGAGUACAUCCGCCACAAGGUCCUCUACGUCUUCUUGGACCACUUUCCUCCGGGCGGCCGCCAGGACGGCUGGAUCGCCGACGACUACCUGCGGACCUUCCUGACCCAGGACGGCAUCUCGCGUCUGCGCAACCUGCGCCCGGACGACGUCUUCAUCAUCGACGACGCGGAUGAGAUUCCUGCCCGGGACGGCGUCCUCUUCCUCAAGCUCUACGACGGCUGGACCGAGCCCUUCGCUUUCCACAUGCGCAAAUCCCUCUACGGGUUUUUUUGGAAGCAGCCCGGUACCCUGGAGGUAGUGUCGGGCUGCACCAUAGACAUGCUGCUGACCGUCUACGGCACGGACGGGAUCCUCCUGCGCCGGCGGCAGUACUACACCAUGCCGGGCUUCCGGCAGUACGAGAACCGAACCGGCCACAUCCUGGUCCAGUGGUCCCUGGGCAGCCCGCUCCACUUUGCGGGCUGGCACUGCUCCUGGUGUUUCACCCCCGAGGGCAUCUAUUUCAAGAUGGUGUCGGCCCAGAACGGCGACUUCCCCCGCUGGGGCGACUACGAAGACAAACGGGACCUUAACUACAUACGGGAACUGAUCCGUACGGGCGGCUGGUUCGACGGCACUCGGCAGAUAUACCCCCCCGCAGACCCCAGCGAACACAUGUACGCUCCCAAGUACCUGCUGAGAAACUACCCCCGAUUCCACUACCUGCUGGACAAUCCCUACCGCCAAGAGGAGGGGACAGUGGGUGCAAAGGAUGGCGUGAGGGGCAGCGAGGGUGGUGGGACUGGGCCUGAGGGAGCUGUAGCCAGGGCAGCACAGGCAGGGGAAAUCUGAUGACAUCAUAAGGCUGCAUGAUUUUCAUUGGGGGGGAGGGCUGGGGAAGGGAAGAGGGGAAAGCGUUAGGGUGAUGCAGUUGUCUUCUGGGGCUAAUUGCUCUCAUCCUUUCUCCCUUCUUAUAGAGGGAGGCCCCGCAUGAUGAGAACUUAGGAAGAGGGGCAGGGGGGGGGGAGGAGGGAACCUUAGACCCCCUUCCCAGGAUAGCCCCAGUACCAACCCCCGGUUGGAAGAGCAUCACAGAGAUGCUCUUCUCAGUCUAUCCCUUUGGGGAUCUUUAUUUUUUCUCUCUCCUGCACAUAGAACUUUUCCCCUAGGGAUGGAGGGAGGAUUUUUUUCUAUUUGCAACGCCAUUCCCUCAGCCUCCAACCACAUUUUGUGGUCGUGGCAAGGCAGGUAUAGGGACCCGCAGGGAGAGAAGAAAGAAAAAGAACUAGAUGCUGGAUGAUGGAAGGGCAGGAAAGGAAGGUGGGUAUGCAGGAGGGCAGCUAACUGAUCUUGGGGUGGCUUUUUAUACCCACAAUGAUUUUAUAGCCACAAUGAUGAAAUGGCUUUUUAUGAGUGGCCCUUGAUUCUCCCUGGGAAACUAGUUUGGGGCUGGAGUCCGGAAGUGGUAGGAGAAGGAAAGGCCAGAUGCUCUAGAAAUACAGUGGAGACCAAGGAAAGGAAGAGGGGCUUGGGAUAGGGACUAGGGGUGGGGGGUUGGGGAGAUAUAGCAUUCCACUAGAAAUUAACCCAGAGAGAAAGAAGUCUGGUUCAAUGAUCCCUUCAAAGUCCCUCCCAAGGAACAGUGGGCAAAGAUAUAGAGAACAGUAGGGGAAAGGAGGCAGUGUCUGGGGCUCAUUCCUCAUCCCUUGGGAAUCCCCCAUCUCUAGGACCACAGCCCUGUUGUGGCCUUUUAUCUUUAUUUAUUCUGUGGUCCGAUUUGGGAUGGGCAAAGGAGUGGGCCAUGGGAAAAUGGGAUCGUCUCUGUUUCUUGGAGAACUGCACAGGGUCAAAGAGGAAGGAAGUGGGGUAGGUGUGGCAAGAUCCCCCUUUCUCUUUAACUUGGGGAGGACCAGACAGAAACAUUAGCCUCUCUAUAUAGUAGGACCCUGUCUCCCCUGGAACUCCCAACAUCUUGCUAGGGCCAGAGCCUUCUCUGAGAGAGUAGACAACCAAUGGGAACCUUAUUUUCUGUUCCCUUCCCCUCAUUCUAACUAAUUCCUGUUAGACCGGAAAAGCUAGAACUUAGGAUAAUUCUAGUCCCAGCUUUGUGCAGUCUGCCCCUUCUCUGGGCCUCCACUUUCUCAUCAGCUAAAUGAGGGGAUUGGACAAAUCCUUCCCAGCUCUGGCAUGCCAUCCAAAUGAUGGCUUGGUUGAAGGGUGGACCUCAUUAUACCUGUCUUUAACUUCUGAAGGGCAGUCAUCUGGAAGACAGAUUUUACGCAGGCUGCUUGGUCCCAGGGGACCAGGGCAAGAAGCCAUUAAGAGAAAUGGUAAAGAGAUUGAGAACUGGAAGGAACCUUACAGACUAUCUUGAUUGACCCAGGACUGUCCUGGACCCCUUAGGCAGUCUGCUGAAGCCGAUGGACCCUUUUCCGAACCAUGUUCUUAAGUGCAUAAAAUAAAAUACAUAGGAUUGCAAAGGAAAUGAAUUAUAUGGAAAUGCUAUUACCAAAAUAUUUUAAGUUCAUGGACCCCAAGCUUAAAAUCUCCCCCCAACCUAAAUGCUCUCAUUUUUUAGAUGGAACAAUUUAGGACUCAGAUACCUUGAGUAACUUUCCAAGGAUGCCCAGGAAGUUAAUGGCAGAGCUGGGAUGCCUCCAUGCUCUUUCCAACCAUAGCCACAGACUUCAUAAUUAAAUCCAACUCAGAGUGGAAUGAGCUUCCCCUCCCACUACCUCCAUCUCCAAGCAAAAGUCAGAUGGCCACUUAGUGUAUACAUCGCAAGAGAGAUCGAUUCUUCUUUAGUUAUGGCGGCUAUAUCGGCUGGGUGGCCAUUGGGGUCCCUGAGGUUCAGAACUUUUGUGAUUCUCUGUCUCCUUCCCACCCUGUAAGGAUCCCACCUUUCCUCUUUUUUUCCCCCCAUACCAUCUCCCACCCCAGCUGUCCCCCUCUAGAUCAGAUUAUAAUCUUCUUUGGAGGAUCCCCAAAACUCAUUCUCUUUGAAGGGACUUGUGUAUCCUUCAGAUGAACAGUUGGGACUAGAAGGGAACAAAGUGCUUAAGGGGGCAGCAUUUCUAACCCCCAGUGGGUGGGUGAGGAAUGAGAGGAGAGAAAAGGCAGGGGCUCCAGGCUGGGGAGAUUUGGAGGUCAAGCCCAGCCUCCAACCCAAGCUUUCAAGCUGAGAUUAAAUCACUCUCUGUGGGGGGAGAGCCUGGGAAAGUAUCUUCUCCAUUCGGGAGAGAAAAAUCAGCCUUUGUCCUCCCUAACCCUGUGCUAUUCCCCACUCCAAGCAAGUUUCUGUUGGUGUGUGUGAGUAGAUGCUACCAGCUCUGCUCCUAGUCAGCCCUCCACGAGUGGGUCUGAAUAUGCAUGUGUGUGUUAUAUGUGUGUGUGUGUGUGUGUGUGUACAGGACUCUAGAUUUAGAGCUGGUUAAGAUCUUGCUGUUCUGGAGUCCAUCCCCCCAAUUUUACAGAGAAAGAGGGAACGACCACAUUUCAAUCUCUUACAUUAUCCUCCUAACAAUCCUGCUAGGCAGGUACUAUUAGCAGAUUUGACAGAUGAGGAAAUUGAGGUAUGUGAAUAAGGAUUUGGACUUGGAUCCUACAAACAGGCCAUUGUUGCACUGGGUGUGAUAGGAGAGUAUGUGUGGGUGUCCCUAUUUAGACUGGUCUAGCAGCUCUGUGUCACCCUAGGCAAGUCACCUCCUGGGCCAAAGUUUCUUCUGUCAAAUGAGAGAAAGAUGCAGAUCUAUCUAUCCAUCAACAAGCAUUUAUUUAGCUCCAAACUGUGCCAGGUAUCCAAAUGGGCUUUCCCCUCCCCAAGUUCAGUCUAUAGAUUCUAUAGGAACAUAAAUCUAUAGAAAAGAUCACUGAGGCUCUGCCAUUCUGUAGGAAAUGGCCAGACCUUCAACUCAUGGCUUUUGUCCCUCCCCCUUCCCCUCUGAUGUAAGUCCCCUCCUUGUGGCUUCCCUCCCCUUAACUAUAGAACCUUUCCCCAAGACCCAUCAGUGUACAGAGCAAAGCCUCAUGGACUUGGAGCCAUGAUCUGGCUUAGAAUCCUCACGAGGAGGGCAAACUACCUUCCCUCUCUCUUUGCCUCAGUUUCCUCCCCUGUACAAGGUGGGGUGUGAUCCCCACCAGCUCCAAAUCUAGGGUCCUACUCUUCCCAUCUGCUCGCUUGUCCUGCGGCUCUCCCUUUACUCUCUGCUCGUCUCCCCAGCCUGCAGCUGAGACUUGUCUUUUGGUUAGGGUCUGACUGGAGGGCUCGUGACCCCUGGGUAGGAGAGCUUGCCACUUCUGAACUGUGUGACAUUGGCCAAGUCACCCUCUGGGUCUCAGUUUACAGUUUUCUGUAACAUAAAGGGUCCAUGAGAGGCCAGCUGUCCCGGAAGGUCCCUUUCAACUCAAGAUUUCUAACCCUCCGAUGGUGAGGGAUGGAAGAGCUGGGCUUACUCUUCAGUCCUAUAAUCAUCACCCCUGCCUCCCACUUAGUCCAGGCUGCUGGGUGGGUAACUGGGUGCUGGGUGGGGUGUGGGUGGGUAGGAGGGUCUUGCAUGCUACCGUCCUUCCUCCUGGGAGAGCUCCGUCAUGGUGAGUCCUAGAUACAGAUGCAACUUCUUGAAUCUGAGCCCUGAGAGCACAUGGGCUGAUGGAGGAAAGAGGUGAAGGUUAGGAGUAAAGGGAGAUUAUACUUUCCUGUUAAUUCCCCCAGGAGGUUCCGUUCCUAAGAAGGGGGAGGUUCUCAUCCAUCCAGCAUGAGGUCCACCACUAUUGCUUGAAAACAAGUAAUCAUCUCUGAGAAAGGUCGCCCUCAAGUAGCUUCCAUUUCAAAUUUCUUUUCCUAUUUGAGGAGAUUGGGUGACUUCAAACUCCUCCGGCCCUAAAUCCUCUAAUUUCAGGCUCACAGGCCCUCAUUCUGACGUGAGCCCGACUCCCUCCUAAUUUUAGACCCUAAGUCUCCUCCUGUGUGUUAUUCCCAACGCAGACCCACAGCUGACUCAGUACUCCCCACCUCUAUGGGAUUGAACACUCCCUCCUCCCCCCACCAUGGUGGGGGAUCUCGGCUUGAAAAUACACUGGUUAGAAGUAUCCCCCCCAUUCCCACCUCCCCUCCCAGAUGUGGGCACUCUGAGGGGGGUGGGACUGGGGGCAGAAAGUGGGGAGAGAGAUUCACAUGCAAUACACCGAGGAAGAGAAUUCCUUCCACCUACCCCCACAUAAUCUAAGUCACUGUUGAAUCAAAAUCACCGGGCCCUCCCAACCCCGAGUGACUUAAUCCUCUGUUUAUCCUCCUGAGAUGACUGGGUGCAAAGGACCCCAGGAACCGUGGGAGGAGAGGGAGCCGAGCCCUGGAAACUGUAAUUUAAGGAGACCAAUAAUGAUGAUGAUGGUAAUAAUAGUAAUAUUUUUUUUUUUGUAAGGAUGAAUCCAAAUGUACACUCUGAAAUCAUUUUCUCUGUAAAUGGUUGGAUUUCAUUUCACCCUUAAAGGGAUGUUUAAAGGAGAAGAUAAUAUUAAUAAUAAAAAAAAAUCCAGAGCUACAAAGCCGGAAAAGAA